AUGUUGACCAAAUGCUUUCGAUCUUUACCAUUUGACAAUCUUUCGGGUCUGAGAGGUCUUUCAGUUUUGGGGCCCGUCUUCGCCCUCUUGAUCAUCUCGAAAGCCGGCUCGCUCAUCUUCCACCGAACAUUCCCAACAUCGACUCCGGGUGCGGCAGCAGGGCCUCCGGGCCAGACCGUGGGGACUCUGGGUCUUCCCGGGACGAGCACGCUGACAACGAACGACUACCUUGUCCUAGCAGGGACAUUCCACGGUGUGCACGCCAUCACGCGAUCACUAACGCCCAAGAUCCCCGUCGCGCCGUCCGCAGGUUCCUCAGGACGCAGUUGGACCUAUCCCGACCCUACAGUUCCGGCGUCGGGGAUCGAAUCGAUGGAAUCCUCCUUUUUCCGUCUGACCGUGUUCCAGACCCUAAGCGGCACGAAGUUCCUCUUGUUCACGGACCCGAGCAUGCCUAACACGGACGUGCUGAUGAAGGGCGUCUACGAACGAUACGCCGACUUUGUGUGCAAGAAUCCCUUUUGGCAGAUGGAAAUGCCCAUCCGUAUCGAUGCCUGGGAACGCAGCAUGAACCAAUGGUUGACUCGGCGGUGA